CCUCUCCAAGCCAAGCAGAUCCACGCCCACCUCCUCCUCCUCUCCUCCCCUCCCUCGCCCUUCCUCCUCUCUCUCCUCAUCUCUCUCUACUCCAACCUCAACCUCCUCUCCCACGCCCAAUCCCUCUUCAACUCCACUCCCACCUCGGCCCGAUCAUCUCUCUUAUACAACUCCAUCCUCCGUGCAAACCUCGCACACUGCCGACAUUCGAGAGUCAUCUCCCUCUAUCUCUCAAUGUCCUCGAGCCUUCCCGAUAGCUUCACAUUCCCUCUCGUAAUCAAGGCUUGUUCUCAAAUUAACGACCCCAAACUCUUCAGAUUGAUUCACACCCACGUUUUAGUCAUGGGUUUUGGAGCUCAUCUCCACGUUGCUAACGAAUUGGUGGCAAUGUACUCUAACUUGGGCCUCAUGGAGAUUGCACGCAAGGUGUUUGAUGGAAUGCCUGAUAGAAAUGUGGUUUCUUGGAAUUUGUUGGUUUCUGGGUUUUCGUCGAGUUUUGAUCCGGAGUCGGCAAUGAGGGUGUUCCGGCUGAUGCAGGUGGUGGGCCCAGCUCCGAAUUUGGUGACGUGGACGUCACUGAUGUCAGCGCAUGCUCGAUGUAAAUUGCACGGGGAAGUGGUGGAGAUUUUUGACGAGAUGAGGUGUAGCGGAGUUAGAGGCUCUGCGGAGGCUGUGGCUGUUGUUCUAUCUAUAUGCGCAUAUUUAGAGCGCGAUGCAUUAAAAAUUGGAAAGAAGAUGCAUAGUUAUGUACAAAGAAUCGGUUUUGAGAAUUACCCAUUUGUUCGAAAUUCGCUUGUUUGCAUGUACGGCAAGCUUGGAUUUCACGAAGAGGCCGAGAUCGUAUUCUCGGAGACCGAAGAGAAGAGUUUAGUUAGCUGGAAUGCUCUGAUUUCGAGCUAUGCGGCUUCUGGUCUCUGUAACAAGGCCUGCGAGGUCUUUUACCGUCUUAGUGAAUCCAAUACAGCCGCCCCCAAUGUCGUGAGCUGGAGUGCAGUAAUAAAAGGGUUUGCAUCUGCUGGAAUGGCGGAAUCCUCGCUCAGCAUGUUCCAGCAAAUGCAGCAGGCUGGCAUCAGACCUAAUCCAGUCACGAUCGCCACCAUUCUGUCAUCGUGUGCCGAGAUAUCGGCGCUGGACUUGGGUAAAGAGAUCCAUUGUCACAUGAUAAGAAUCAGUAUGAACAAAAACAUUCUGGUCGACAAUGCACUACUCAAUAUGUACACUAAGAGCGGGAACCUGAGAAAUGGCAUGUUGAUCUUAGAGAGAAUAAAGGAGAAAGAUCUGAUCUCAUGGAACACGAUGAUCACCGGCUUUGGCAUGCACGGAUUCUGUGACGAAGCCCUCGCAACCUUCGAGGACAUGAUAAAAAACAAUGUAAACCCUGACGGGAUCACAUUUAUCUCUCUUUUGUCUGGGUGUAGCCACGCUGGUAACGUCGCAGAGGGCCGUCGGUUACUCCAUCGAAUGAUCCACGAGUUCAAUAUCCCACCGGCAAUGGAGCAUUACUCGUGCCUCGUGGACCUCCUCGGCCGAGCAGGGCUCCUCAUCGAUGCGUACGAGCUCGUUCAAGAAAUGCCUUUUCCGCCCAAUGCCAGCGUUAUCGGUGCGUUGUUGAACUCUUGUAGGAUACAUGGUAAAAUUAUGAAUGUUGAGGAUUGUGCCACGAGGAUUUUGGAGAUUGACGGCGAGGGUAGCGGGAACUAUAUGUUGUUGUCGAAUAUUUAUGCUGCGAGUGGGAGAUGGGGGGAGUCGGCGAGGGUGAGGGCGAUGACGAAGGAGAGAGGGGUGAAGAAGAAGGCCGGGGAGAGCUGGGUCAAGGUGGGGAAGAAGGCGGUGGUUUUCUCGUCGGAUAGCUCACCGUCGGUUGAGGCGGAGGUUGUUUAUGGGGUGGUUGAGGUGUUGUGUCAACAUAUGGAGAGUCAGAAUGUUGUGAGCGGAGAUUGGAUUGUGUUAAUGUGAAAAAGAUAAAAGAGUAUUUAUUUUGUCA